AUGAAUCGCCUAAAAAUAAUGGAAAUAAAGCAAAGGCGGCACGAAGAGAGACGCCAGAAAGCCCUAGUUAAUGGUGCCCUUCGGAGUCCCAUCGGACGUCCGAUCGCAUACAUUCUCGACAAACAGAAUCGUCUUUUGCACCAUGCAAGUAAUAGGCAUCAUCGAAAUUCUGAAUCGAAAAUUCGAAUAAAUCGAGUGGAAAGAGUGAGUCUUACUCUUCUUCCCACUGGGUAUAAAGCCUCUAGGAUGGUUUACAAGGGUGCCUUUCCAAAUAAUGAAGCCUCUGAAUUUUCGCAUUUAAAUUUUCCUGUUCUUCCACAACAGCCAACGGGACCCCUUCUACCUAAUAGAAAAAAGCCAUCUACUGGAGGAGAAGUGCCUACACAACCUCUCAACGAUGCCGAAAAACGUGAUCGAUUGUUCAUCAAAGCCGUUGAGAUAAUCUCCGAGUGGACGGCAGAGGAGCCCAACUUUAUUGAUCCCGAGGCUGCUUAUGGCGAUAAGAAUUUUCGAUUUAUGGACUCAGUGAAGGUACGCUUGCGGGCUUUCAAGGCAACGAUCAGCCCGAAUAUGAUGAAGAUUCUAGAGAAUGCUAGCAUAAGGUGCAAACGAACACCUCGAAAUGAUACCGAAAUCGUGAGAUAUAACAAAGCCACUGACAAAACCCAUAUAAAUAGCAAACAAUGCACUCCAACCGGCAAUGCACACCCGAAAACCCAAUCGGCGAUAAUGCCCAGAAAGAGCACUUUCGUUCAAACCCUUUCAUCACCUGCACAUUACAGGGAAGAUUCUUGUCCUGAAAUUCAAUUUAGGCCUGGAAAUAAUGAGGAUCAUUUGCCAAGAAUUAGUCCAGCCGUAAUGAGAAAUCGAACUAAACCAAUAAUCGAUCCGGAAAUACAACCUUGUCAAACAUAUCAGCAAGAGAUGUCAAUCAUAGAGAGAACAAUACCACCUCGAUGCUUUGAAGAAGUGCCUGGUUGCAGUAGAAGACUUUACCACGAUUCAGAUAGUCAGAACUGUUAUAUCAAUCGAAACUACUGGGAACCUUCACCACGAUACCGUUGUAAUAUGAGAAGCUAUGAUGUGGAUUUAGACUCUCAUUCAUCUUCAAGAUGGCCACCCUAUAGGGGGUUGGAUAUUGAGCAUCCAGAGGCUAUUUCACAUCGAAUUAAUAAGCCGUGUGGCUUAGAGGAAGAAAAAGAAGAAGAUGCCUCAUUGACGGCCAGUCUUCUUCAUCCGAUUUGGGAUACACCAGAGGAAUGCAAAAUGCAGUGGUCAAAUUUUAUGCUAUUGGAGUGA